AGCCACAGCCGGAGCCACAGCCGGAGCCGCAGUCCGAGCCGCCGCCGGAGCCAGAGAAGGGGCAGCCGCGGCGCCGGGUACGGCGCAGCCCCGGCGGGAGCCGGGGAACGAUUUCUGCCAGCGGGACGCCGGGGAGCCGCCCGCCGCGGCGCGGAGCCUUGGAGGAGCGGGCCGAGAGCUGAGGGGGGCGGAGGAGGCGGAGGCGAGCGGGGCGCCGAUGGAGCGGGCGCUGGGGCUGCCCGCAGAAGAGGACCUCUUCCACAAGAGCCUCGCCGCCUCGACCAAGCGCAUGGAGUCCGCCUUCCGCUCGCCCCCGGGGCUCGACCUCUCCCACCCCCGCGACCGCCAGCCCUCGCCGCUCGCCUGCUACGAGGCGUCGGAGCCCGAGGCGCUGCUGCAGCCCGGAGUCGGCGGCGACCCGCUGGCGCUGCCGCCGGGUUCCGUCUGCGUCAAGUACGGCGAGAGCGCCAGCCGCAGCUCGGUGGCCGAGAGCAGCGGCGGCGAGCAGAGCCCCGACGACGACAGCGACGGCCGCUGCGAGCUGGUGCUGCGCGGCGCCGGGGGGGACCCGCGCGUCGCCUCGCCGGCGGCGGGCGGCGGCGGAGGGGGGGGCGGGGGGCUGAAGGCGGCCGAGGGCAGCUGCUCCAACAGCCACGGGCACGGCGGCAGCAAGAAGUCCAAGGAGCAGAAGGCGCUGCGGCUCAACAUCAACGCGCGGGAGCGGCGGCGGAUGCACGACCUGAACGACGCGCUGGACGAGCUGCGGGCGGUCAUCCCCUACGCGCACAGUCCCUCGGUGCGGAAGCUCUCCAAGAUCGCCACGCUCCUCCUGGCCAAGAACUACAUCCUGAUGCAGGCGCAGGCCCUAGAGGAGAUGCGGCGCCUGGUGGCUUAUCUCAACCAGGGCCAGGCCAUCUCGGCCGCCUCCCUGCCCAGCUCCGCCGCGGCGGCGGCUGCAGCGGCGGCGGCGCUGCACCCCGCCCUCGGCGCCUACGAGCAGGCGGCCGGUUACCCCUUCAGCGCCGGGCUGCCCCCCGCCACCUCCUGCCCGGAGAAAUGUGCCAUCUUCAACAGCGUCUCCUCCAGCCUCUGCAAACAGUGCACGGAGAAGCCUUAAGCGCCGCCGCCGCGGCCGCCCCCCGCCGCCGCCGCGGACCCGGGGAGCGGCGACAGCCGGCGGUCCGGUCCCGGGCCGGGGGGCGCGGAGGCGGCGGAGGGACUGACCGCUGCCCGGCCCCCGCCGCCCUCCGCCCGGACUCGCCUCGCCUCGCUCUUCUCCUCGGGUGCCGCCGAGACGAGACGGCGACGGGAGCCAGCGUGCGUGCGGCGGCGGGGACGGGGCGAGGGGCCGGGGGUGCCGCGGGGAGGAAGGAAGGCCCGGCCCGGGGGGGGCCGGGGGGGCUCGCUGCGCGUCCGGACAAAGGAGAGGCCGGGAAAUAGCAGGCCGGGCUGGGAGCCGGGGCUAUCGCCGGGGACAAAUCAGAGAGGGCACUUGAACAUAGAUUUUUUUUUUUUUUUAAUUAAUUAUUAUUAGCAGUAUUAUUAUUAUUAUUAUUCUGAGCCAGGAAACAAACAAACUUGAAGUGUAAACUUAUUAUUUAAGUGACUCGCAGAAACAAAGAGACUGGACCAUUGCUAUGGAAGACUUUGUAUUUUUUAUGGUCUCUAAACUUUGAUCCUGUGAAAAUGCGCAAAGUUUGGUGAGAGUGAUUUAAAAAAAAAAGAGAGAGCUAAAAAAAGAAAAAAGAAAAAAAAAACCGAUCAAAACCCUUACUCCGUGUGGCUGAAAGUAUCGCAUUUUUAAAAGAUAUAUUUAUGUGCACCUUGUUUCUUUCCACUUUGCAAUGAUGUAUAAACAAGACAUGCUAUUUAUUUGUUAUUCUUUAAAAUGACCCUUCCACGCCAACGAUAUUUAUCAUGUGUUGAGGUCAUGGGUCUUAUGUGCAGUUACUUUAAAUGCUUCUAAAAUUCUGUUUAUGGAUUAACUUAAACUGUGUGCCAAGUGUUUAAAACAUUUAUUUGCCAACAACAUAUAACCAGAAAUGUUGAUGUAUCCGAGCUGCUUAGGUUUAUGAAAGGUCAUCUGGAUUUUAAGUUGCAUCAUCCCUGUAUUUAAAUUGAGCUUUAAUAAAUUGCUUCAGUCCAAAAAUUACAGGAAAAGUGUAUUCUUAAUUGCUCAACCAACUGAUUUUUGAAAGGGUAUUCUUUGCAUUAUAACAGGUAAUAACUAUUUACUUUUACAAGGCAUCAGAGCAAUAGCUGCUACAAGAACACUUGCCAAGCCAAUGUUUUCCCAGGCGCUGUGUUUUCAAAGGUAUAAUUUAAACCGCUUUUAAUGUGUAUGUAAAUUAUUCUGACUGUGGAUGAUUCUUUAAGUUGAAAUACUUUAAAAUACUUUAGGCUGAUUUACAGACGCGCGGAAUUCUUCUCUUCCUUUUUCAGGGGAUGUGGGAGGUGGGUUUUUGGUUUGAGGUUUUGUUUGGGUUUUUUGCUUUUUUUUUUUUUCUUUUUUUUUGAAAGAAAAAUGAGAGAUGAAAAGCAAGAAGUAGCUAUUUACCCAAAGUGAGCCUUCAGUUUGAGUUUGCAUGGCUGGGUGGCUGUCUCUCUGCCAUUUGUAAAUCAAGAUUUUUUUUUUUCUUUUUUCUUUUUUUUUUUUCUUUUCAAAAAACGAGUCCUGCUAUUUUCCACUACUUGCAGAUAAUACAAAUUCGGACUGUCAGGUUGGAUGGCAAAAUAGGAGCCAUGAUGGAUCUGUUGGCAGGUCACGGAUGUGUAAAGAGUGAUAUAUAUUAAAUAGGUCAAUCAGAUUAUGACAGCAAUGUACGAUCGUUUGUAUGUGUAUCUAUGUCGGAAAGAAUCUUUAUUAAAAUAUUUUGAACAAA